AUGGCUAAACUACUGUUCUUCUUCAUUGUCAUCAUCAUCUUCUUCUUCAUCUCUCUUCCACUUUCACUCUCACAAUCAACAGCCGAAGAAUCAUGCAACGGUAUCUUCUUGUCCUACAACUACACCUCAGGCCAUCGCCUCCCGCCCACACUCAUCCCCUCAGACCCAUCCCAACAGCCUUACAGGUUCGAGUCCAAUCUCGCCAUCCUCAACAAUGGCCUCCGCGAGCUCAAGUCAUGGAGGGUCUAUGUCGGGUUUGAGCACGGCGAGGUCUUGGUCUCUGCCUCUCAUGCUGUGCUGGAUGAUGGGAGUUUGCUGCCGGCAAACGUUGGGAAUGGCACGGUGUUCUCAGGGUUUCCGGAGAGGGACCUCAAGACUGCGGUUGAGACUGCGGGCUAUUUGCCCCAGAUGCGUGCUCAGGUCCAAUUGGUGGGUACCCAGUUCGGUGUGGCUGAUCCGGAUGUUCCCUUGCCCUCUACCAUCACUCUUGCCAACGAUGGAUUCUCAUGUCCUAACCCCACAAAGUUGAACUUUUGGAUGCAUGUGUGCUGCACCGAAGAUUCAAGGUCUAACUUCACCACGGGAGAAGAUUUGCAGCCACUCCAAAAUGGGGAUGUUACCAUAAUGUAUGAUGUGAUCAGGUCAUAUGAGACUAAUUACCGGGCUCAGGUUACUAUCUCAAACCACAAUCCUCUAGAUCGACUUGAUAAUUGGAAAUUAAGUUGGGAGUGGAAGAGGGAAGAAUUCAUCUAUGCCAUGAAAGGAGCUUAUCCAUCUGUUGUUGAUAGCACAGACUGCAUUUUUGGCAAGCCAGGUGAGAGCUAUAAGGACAUGGACUUUUCCAAUGCCUUGAAUUGUGAGAGAAGGCCAACCAUCAUUGACCUUCCUCCAACAAUGGUGAAUAAUUCGGACCUUGGGAUGAUUCCCUUCUGUUGUCGGAAUGGUACUAUUUUGCCUCCUACGAUGGAUCAAAGCAAGUCUGUGUCAGUUUUCCAAAUGCAGGUUUUCAAAAUGCCAACAGAGUUUAAUAGAACUCAGCUCAUUCCACCUCAGAACUGGAAAAUCAGGGGAGAGGUGAAUCAAGAUUAUCAGUGUGCUCCUCCUGUGAGGGUGAGCCAGAGCCAGUUCCCGAACCCAAGUGGGUUGCCCUCAGAAUCAACAGCAAUCGCUACUUGGCAAGUGGCUUGCAACAAAACAGAGUCCAAGGGGGCAAUCCCAAGAUGUUGUGUAUCUUUUUCAGCAUUUUUCAAUGAUUCUGUUGUGCCUUGCAACACUUGUGCUUGUGGCUGCAAAAGCAGCCCAAGCAACACUUGUAGCGCUUCUGCACAGGCUCUUCUUCUACCAUCAGAGGCUCUUCUCGUUCCAUUCGAGAACAGAACCCGCAAAGCUACUGAAUUUGCUAAGUUACAACGCCGAGCAAUGCCUAAUCCAUUACCCUGUGGGGAUAACUGUGGAGUCAGCAUCAACUGGCACUUGUUUACAGACUACGACAAUGGCUGGACUGCUAGGAUCACACUCUUCAACUGGGGUGAAACUGACUUUGUGGAUUGGUUUGCUGCAUUGCAGUUUGACAAAGCAGUGCCUGGAUUCCAAACCAUGUACUCUUUCAAUGGAAGUGCUCUUCCUGGGGUCCCGGCUAACAAUACCAUAUUCAUGCAGGGGAAACCGGGAUUGAACUAUAUUCUGGCGGAAAAAGAUGGGAAAAAACCGAAGAAAGAUCCUCGGGUUCCUGGUGCACAACAGUCUGUACUCUCAUUUACAAAGAAAACAACACCUGGAAUAAAGGUGGCUCGUGGGGAUGGGUUUCCUACUAAAGUGUUCUUCAAUGGUGAAGAAUGCUCGCUUCCCUCAAUACUUCCAAGCAAUGCUUAUAGGAUGAGUGUAGCAACUAGAUUUUUUGGUUUUCUUCUAGCUGCUGUAACUCUGUUGUUUCUGCAGCAGUAACUAUGGU